CAGUUCUAAAUUUGAAAUUAAGUACUACCAAAGAGUUUGCAUUUUAAAUUUUGAACGUAGAAUUCUAAUUCUAAAUGUGAAUCGAGUUGUGAAAUGGUGUGGCAAUUUUAAAAGUACGGCAAAGGUUCAACGUGGUCUGAUGGUCAAUGCCCACGCUCCAUCUCAAGAUGAACACCGAUCGGCGGGCAGCAGCUGGGAGGAGCCGGUGAGCGCGGUGAGGAACACCCCCCUCCGUCGCUCGCAGCGGCUCAACUCCACACUGGAUUCCAGAAGCAGCGGGCAGCUCCGCAACACGCUGAGCCGCGCGCGCGAGCUGUGCGAGAGAUGGCGCAGCGGGGGCGCUCCUCCCGCUCCGCCGCCUGACGACGAGGGCGGGGGGAGGCUAGCGCGGUGGUUCAGCGUGCGACGCGGAUCCACGCACCAGUACGACAUGCAUACGCAUGAUGCGGAUAAAAUGCCUAAACUGCCUGAGCUCGAGGAGGACAUGUUCUCCUGCGGGGGAGAGGUCCGAGGGGGGCGGGUUCCUCCCCCAUCCCUCGGCCCGCCUCCUGAUCAGCUGACGUCGACGCAGCUACGCCGUCGCCACGUCGUCGCAGCGAUCAUACACAGCGAGAACUCGUAUGUGGCGACGCUGCAGAGGCUCAUUAAUGACUACAAGAAACCCCUAGAAGAGAGCAGCCCGGCGAUCCUCAACGCGUCCAAGAUCCAGACCCUGUUCCACCGGCUACCGGACAUACUGCAGUGCCACCUGCACUUCCGCGCCGCGCUCGCUGACUGCGCGCGCACGUGGGACCGCGACGAAAAAAUUGGCGAGGUCUUUCUAAGCGCAUUCUCGAAGGCGGUGGUACUGGACGUAUAUUCGGACUUCAUCAACAACUUCUCCGUGGCCAUGGAGCUGGCGAAGAUGGAGUCGAAGCGGAAGUCGGCGCUGGCGGACUUCUUCAAGGUCAAGCAGAUCAGCGCUCAUGACAGGCUGAGCUUCUUCGGGUUGAUGGUCAAGCCGGUGCAGAGGUUCCCGCAGUUCAUUAUGUUCUUGCAGGAUCUGCUAAAACACACGCCUCCCGGGCACGCGGACCGCGUCGCGUUGCAGCGCGCGCUCACGAGGCUCGAGGCGUUGGCUGAGGCGCUAAAUGAGAGGAAACGAGAUGCGGAAAGAACACAGGCAUUCCGCGCGGCGCUCCGGCGGCUGACGCGAGGGGGCGUGGCGGGCGCGGGCGGGGCGGGGGGCGCGGCGCGCUUCGGUGCGGCGCGUCUACUCGCCUCGCGUGCUGACAAGCGACAUCUGUUGCGGCAGGACGAUUUAGUUCAGUUGGAAUUCAACCAAUCUGGUACCCUCACGAAAUGCAAGCCGCGUCGACUCCUCCUACUCAACGAUCUCGUUGUGUGCGUGUCGGUGGGCGAGGCGGGCUCGGGCGGGGAUACGGAGCGGCUCGGCCUCAAGUGGGCACACCCCGUCGGCGACGUCGAAGUGCUGGAUACGGGCACGUCGCCCACGCUGAGCAGAGUGCUGGCGCAAGGUCUUAACCGCGGCGGCAGCCUCCGCUCCAACUCGAGCGGCAUCAGCAGCACAACCGGUGACUCGCUCUGCAACGAGAUGUCGGCGCUGAUGCACGACUACGAGACCGUGUCGCGCAUCGCCGACCUGGCGGCGGGGCUCAACGCGCAGUACCCCCAGCUGUCCGCUGACGUGCUGAGGGGCCUCAUGCAGACCAUCCAGCAGAGUAUCCAGAAAAAAGACGACGAGAUGGCGUGGGUGGACUCGUGUUGUCUCCAACUGCGUAUACGCGGUCGCGACGAGGCUUUAACGUUCCGUGCGACGGAGCCGGGUGCGAGGCGGGCUUGGGCGACAGAACUGAGGCUAGCUCAGCUCGCUCAAGCACGUGCUAACUGCCCGGCUUGGCGUGCGCCGAAUACCGCAAUACUGCCGUUGUUUGGUGCUGCUGCGCCCGUGUAUGCGUCGAAUCAACUUACAGAGGUUCGUUGCGGCUGCUUCUACACGACGUGCGGUACUCGUGCGGGCGGAGUGCGGCGCGCACGCUCGUUGCUAUGGGUGUGUGCGGGCGGGAUCGACAGCCAUGUUGCGGUCAUGACGCACCGAGCGGCCGCGUUGAAGACGCUGGUCACGUUAGACCUGCCUGAUACUAAGGUAACGUCAAUGGAAUACGCCAAAGGACUUCAACAAGUGACGACUCUGAGUGGAGACACCGUAUGGCUGGGUACCGAAGACAAGAAAAUCAUCAUCUUCUCCGGAGUGGAACCAGAGAAGCAGGAGAAACUGACUGAAGUGGCCACCGUCGCUUCCGUGACGCAGAUAAAGUAUCACUGCGAUUCCAUGUUCGUUGGCCUGUCCAACGGCAGAGUUUCCGUGUACAGGAGAAAUCAUGACGACUCCUGGGCACUCCAGGAGCCAUUAGCCAUAGAGUUGGGCGACAAACCAGUGCAUUGUAUCCUCCCAGUCGACGGAAUCAUCUACGCAACUUGUACGCGAAGAGUGUUCGCAAUAAACGCACUCACAGCUGAAAUUAUGCGCAUCCUAGAACUUAAAGGAGACUGUGACAAAACGGUGAAAUACUUAGCUCACUCUGGAGUAGGUUUGUGGACUGCUUUCUCAGAUUCGACGUACGUCAGCCUAUACCACGCGGAAACGUUCGAACAUUUGCAGAAUAUCGACAUAGCUGCUGAUGUAGCUAAAACUAUUGGUGCUAGAGAGGGGAGCAAGCCGGCGCAUGUUUCGGCGUUACUGGCUGGACAAGGGUUACUAUGGGUUGGUACUACUGCAGGUGUUACGGUGACUGUACCGCUACCUAAGCUAGAAGGUUUGCCUCUUAUCGGUGGACAUAUAGCGGUUUCAUAUCACGCUCAUGCGGGACCAGUGACUUUCCUACUCUCGCUGACCGCUGAGACGAGAGAUAUAGAUGUAAAUACAGUCCGGAGAAAUCUAUCAAACGCUAGAGCCCUGGCUGAAACCGUACAAGAGUUCAAAGAAGAAAACAAACAAGAUUUGGAGAAACAGAAAUUGGAACGACGAAUUUCAGAGGAACUCAGUCCGUAUAGACCUCAGAGAGUACAGUCGGCUGUUGUACGGAGAAAGAAGCCGGGUGAUGUAAGACUCAGUAAGACAUUACCCAAGUGUGCCAACCUGAAUAACUGUGAUGUGUAUGGUCUAUUUGGUGAUCUCAUGUUCGUUAAAGACUGUGUAGGGGAGACUGACGUUGGCGGCUCGGGUGGGGAGGCCCUAAGGCGAAGUGACCCUGAGCUAGCCGCUAUACCCUUCAGAGUUAGUACCCUAGACCGUAGACUACGGAUGAGAGCUGGAAGACCUAGGAGUUUAGACCUGUCUAGCUGGUCUGUAGACUCCCGCGCGUCCAGCUUAUGCACGUCAUCAGGGAGCGAGGAGUCCAUGGCUCUACGAGGCGUAUCCCGAACUAGCUCGGGUGCGUCUGGUGCUGCCAACUUAGCGCCUAUGGCCAUUUCCACUCCCGAUUCCUCCUCCGGAAAAUCCAGUGCUUCUGAACGGUCGAUCUCUCGAAGCGAUUCCUCGGGUGCUACACCGGAAUUGAGGAAACCGAAUAAGAGUGCAGCGAGGAGCCUCCGUGGUGCUGAUUACAUUGUAGGUGAGAGUAUGGCCCGGAGGUCCGUGGUGACGGUGGUAGGUGGACGAGGGUACGUGGACUGGAGGCAGACCGCUGACGCUGCAGAGAGACCGGCCCCAGCAGCAGACCCCAACCCCAAAGACGCUCACCUCAUCCUAUGGGAGAUGCGCUUGUGACCAAAUAAUGUUACGAAUGUGAUUACCCACGUGAAAAUGUUGAUAUUCGAGCUAACCGUGUACAUAAUUGUAAAUGUUUGUAAAUUUUAUCCACGUCUAUCUUUAGAAUAUUCGAUGUGGUCCGUCGCUUGAUGCAAUAUUUUGUGCCUAAUUGACGUGCCGUCGAUGAAA